AUGUCCCUCCCCAAAACCCUGUUGAACCUCCUCUCCCACCACUUCUCCACUGCCGCCACAACCGCCAAAAGGCUCCCAAAAGUCCCCAAUGUCCCCACCAAGUACAAGUCCGAAGCUCUCAACCAAGCCCAGAAGGUCCUCACCGACUACCUCCACACCACCCGGUCCCUCCCCUACACCUACGCCGAGCACAUCAGCAACCACUCCCUCUUCUCCCUCUCCAAUCUCGUCAAGAACAUCCCCUACUCCGCCCCCAACUUCUCCAGAAGCUUCCAGCGCUUCCUCAGGUACCACCCCAUUAACGAAUUCGAGUUUUUCUUCGAAAGCAUUGGCAUUCACCACACCCAGCUCUCUCAUUUCUUACCCACCAACAAGUUCUUCCUCUCGGAGGACCAGACUGUUCUGGAAGCCGCUUGUGUGCUCAGUGCGUUCGGGUUUCCGUGGAACAUGUUGGGGAAGUUGUAUAGGGAGGAGCAUUGUAUAUUUAGGGAGAGUUGUAACGAGUUGAAAGGUAGGCUUAGUGGGUUUAAGGAGUGUGGGUGGAGUAAUCUUUCGGUUGUGGGGAUGUGCUUGGCUUUCCCAAUGUUGUUGCGUGUCGAUGGGGAGUUUAGUGGUGAGGUUGUGGGGUUGUUGGAUGAUUUGAAGAGGGUUUUUGUGGAGUUUGACAUUGCGAAUAGUGUUGAGGGAAAUGUGGAUACUUGGUAUGGGGUUUGUAGGAUGGUGAGGGUGUUUUAUGAUUUGGGUGUCGAAAAGGGGAAGGUGGGAGAGUUGUUGGGUAGGAAGAAAGAUGUUUUUCUUCAGCACUCAGAAGAAGUGUUGGUUGAGAAAGUAAAUUAUUUUUGUAGAUUAGGUGUUAGGAAGGAGGAUGUAGGUUUGUUGAUUCUUCAAAGACCGGAAGUUUUGAGUCUUGAACUGGAAAAGCCGGUGAUAUCGACUAUGGGGUUGUUGAGACAUUUAGGAUUGGAUGAGAAUGAGUUGAAGGAAGUCAGUCGGAAAUAUUCGUAUGUGAUGGGGAGAAAUAGAAUGGUUAAUGUACCUCAUUUGAUGAGGGCUUUGGAUCUUCAUGUGUGGUUCUUCACUAGGAUUAAGGAUGAACAUCAAUUGCUAGGUAGUUAUGUACUUAGUGAUUCUGAUGAAGAUGACGUGAAGAAAGAAUUUAGUAGUGGAUUCGAGCAGUUGCAAUCUUGUAGAACUCCUGUUCAUGCAAUGAAGAAAUUGGAUUUCAUGCAUAGCAUUGGGUUUGGAGAGAACCCUUUGACUCUAAAGGUCUUGACCCGCAUACAUGGAAGAAGCUGUGAGUUACAAAAGCGGUUUGAUAUCCUUCUUAAUGCAGGGCUUGAAUUUUCACAGCUGUGUUUGAUUAUAAGCACAACACCGAAAAUCCUGAAUCAGAACCCAGAAUAUCUUGAAGCGAAAAUAAUCUUUCUUUGCGGUGAAAUGAAGUCCUCAUUAAAGUACUUUAAUGUUUUUCCAGCAUUUUUGUGUUUUGAUUUGGAGAACCGGAUUAAGCCAAGAUACAGAUUUUAUGCAUGGCUUCAAGAGAAAGGUUUGCACCCUGAAGGUUAUUCCUUUGCAACCAUGAUUGCUACCAGUGAAAAGAGAUUUGUAGCACAGGCUUUUACAAUCCACCCAGCUGCUCCAAAACAUUGGUUUGAGUGUUUCCUGAUAUAG